UUCAUUUUGUACUAAUUAAACGGGCCAAUAACACUAAUGAGCUGGACAUCAGUGACCCAACGAACAAUACCCGAAUAACUUGAUUCUCAAGCCUACCAGGAUACCCACGAAUCCUCUAGAAAUUUUCUUCUCCAUCUCUUCAAAAACUCCACUUUGCAGUUUGCUCUCAUUCAUAACCUAAUCAACGAAUCAAAGUAUCAUAAACAAUGUUCUUCUUCUUCGUAGGAGGCUUAGAGCAGCAGGCGAGGCAGGUAUUGAAGAGCGGGGCAGGGAGGUGCAUUGCGUGCGGUUCACGCGCCGACCUCGUCGACUAUGAAAAGGUUCUCAAGCUCUUCUUUGUUCCGGUGUGGAGAUGGCCGGGAAAAGAGCCGGUGAUGUACUGCAACGACUGCAAACUCUUCUUCCCUCAAUCUCUAACUCCUCCUCCGCCGUCGUCUACGGCGGACGUACUUAGAUGUCAGUUCUGUCGCCGGGAAGUGGACGCCGAUUUCCGAUUCUGUCCCUUUUGUGGUAAUGCACUGUGACUGAAUAUUCUAUAUUAUGUAAUUACAGUCGCUUCUGGGUUUGAAAUACUUUGUAAUUAUGUUCCUCUUCCUGUCUUGUAAUCAAUGAGUUUGUGGAAUAAAUUUGAGCUUUAGGAAUCAAAACUGGCGCCAUGUAGUUUCAUCCA